AUGGGGUCCAGCUGCUCCUUCCUCUACAUUAACAGUGUUUUGCUAUUUACCCUGAGGAGUAAGCAGGUGUUCCGUGAGACAUCCCGUUACAUCCUGCUGUACAACCUGCUCUUUGUGGAUACUGCUCACCUUGUAUCAAACCUUCUGCCUUACUUACUGGCGUCUUUACGGAUAAAAAUGACAUAUUACGCAUGUGGUGCCCUUCUUCUGUUCUCCGUUUUCACAGGCACAAUCUCCCCUCUCACCCUGGGCGUGAUGUCACUUGAGAGAUAUGUGGCUGUAUGCUAUCCACUGAGGCAUGCAACCAUCUUCACUAUGAGAAGCACAGGCAUGGCGAUUGCUCUGGUGUGGGGCUUCAGUUUUAUUCAGAUCCUCAUUCGAUUAAUCAUGCUGUUAUAUUUUUUCGCAAUCUACCUAAAUCUGCAUAUGAAUGACUUUUGCUCUAAAGAAGCCAUUUUUUUUGCACCGAUUUUUAAUGUUUUUGAAAAAGUGUAUUCCACAACUGUCUUUCUGUCAGUGGUUGUAGUAGUCAUUGCCUCCUACAUUGGUGUAGCCCUCGUAGCCAGGUCUGUCUCAACAGACAAAGUCUUAGCCAGAAAGGCUCUUCAAACGCUUCUGCUUCACCUGGUCCAGCUAAGCCUGAUUCUCACCUCCACCUUGUUCUCCACCAUCAUUGUAGCCAUUGCUAGAACAGUGGGGAGAUUAGCCCUCAUGAGGGUUUACAAUGUAUGCUUUGUAUGCUUGAGUAUCCUUCCAAGGUGCCUGAGUGCUCUCAUCUAUGGACUAAGAGAUCAAUCCAUCAGACCGGUCCUCUUGCAAAAUCUGUGCUGUUGGUGGAGAUGCUCAGUUGUCCUCAACAAGAGCCAGUGA